AUGACACGCAAAGAUCGCACUCGUAUUGCCAAUCAAACGAAGCGAUGUUGGAGCAAGAAGCUAACCCAGAGGAAACCACUGGUACCUCACUGUGUUCCACCCAACAUUGUUACACACCCCUUUUCAGGUCUCAUUAACCAGGCGCUGGGUAACUUGGUCAAGAAAUACAACCGCAUCGACCUCAGGGCUGCCUCGCGAGAACCACCCUGGGACGUUGACGAAGAGGAAUAUGUUGAUGAUAACUGGAGAUUUGCCAGGAAAGAAGUACUCUCGAUCAACCAACUAGACACUCAAAAAGCGCACCUCGUUCAAUUCCAAACGUCCUUCCUACCUGCAUUAAAACAGCAACUCGAAGAUCUGUUGAAAUCACUAGACAUAGCCGAUCUACCAAAAACCCCAACUCCAAAACUUCUUGAUACCCUCGAGAUCACAUCCCGACUCAGCCACACCUCCGAUCAAAUCAAUAAUUUCCUGCGCUCCGUUGCCCCUAUCGCUGUCAAUCCAUUGCACACACCCGAGAACUAUGAUCAUAAUUAUGGUGGUCUGAAAAAAUACAGAGUCAGCCGGAUCAUUGACAAAACCAAUGACUUGAUGCGUGGUCAUGUCUCGCAACUAUUCCACAGAUGUAGCACACUCAUGCGAGCAUUCGUAACCUAUUCAAAGAACCCUCCGAUCAGCUUGCGCAAUCAACCGGAUCUGAUUGCUCUCGGAAAGAAUGUGAUCAAAGGAACAGCCCUAUCCUCCGAUGAAAUCAACAGUAUAAUCAAAUGGUCCGCGCAAUCUGACUUCAGUAUUCUCCAAGCUAGAUGCCACAGUGAGGCAGAAGAUCUUGGAUACACUCUGGGACGGCUUACCGCUCAAAUAGAUCCAAAAAGACGAGUAGGGCCAUGGUGUGGUGGAUUCAGCGGCGAAUCGUACGAAAACCCUUGGUCCACAUCUGAAGACGAAUCAGAUGAAAAUGAAUCUUCGGAGACCGAUCAAGCUGGAACUGAAUCUUUGGAUGAGCACGAGGACACUCAGUCUCACUCUAAUCCUUCUAGCGAGCAUGAAAGUACUCAAUCCAGCUCUAGCCUUUCACCUGGUCUAUCCGUCGAGUUCUCGUUCACGCCACGAUUCAUCAGACUCUCCAGAUCGACUAUACCACUUAUGAAAUUGCUUCGAAUAUUCUUCAACAAGCUAUCGAACGCUCGCACAAGUAAACCACCAUUUACAAUUGGUACUACAAUGAGUUCGACUGAGAUCAAUGCGAUGGAUGAUGAAAUUGGCGGACUCGCUUGCAGCAUUUCAAAUCUUAUGAACACCUUGUUUUACAUGUACGAUUCUAAUGCUGAUAUGGACAGCGCGAAUGAUCUCAGAAAUUUGCACGGCGAAAUCUCGAGGUGUUUUGAUUCCUCUAUGAUCCUAUUAUGCUGUUAUCUUCAUCCCUUAACUCCUCAAGAUGAUGAUCUUCCUCUCUCUGGAAAUAUGUUCAAAACUUGGUUUCUUGAAUUAAGACAACAGACCCGCUUGGCUCUUGAUCAUUUCCGAAGCGCUCUAUACAGCUUUGAAAAAUGA